GUGGUGCACAGGGGGAACCGGUGCUGGGGCUUGUUAGUCUUUUGGAGAGGAGGAAGAAUGGAGGCAGCCGCCUUUUACAGUGAGCUUGCCACUCCUGUCCAGAGAACAGUUCUUGCGCUACAUUUCUGCCUUUAGUGAAACUCCUCAUUUUAUAUUGUUUUCUCAAAAAGCUGCCAUUCAGUUUAGAUUUUUAGAACAUUUUUUUUUUUCUAAUCUCGUGGAACAGGGAAGACCCUUCCCAAAGUUUAUUUUCCCCGCUCAUCUGAAAAUACAGUAUGGGUUAUUACUGCAGAAGCUUUGGCUGCUUCAUUAAUAUAAGGCCAAGAUUUAUGCCUACAUUGUGAUGUUUAAGGAAUGUUUCACAUAGUUUGGUAUUAUGUAACUGUGUACUAUAUAAACUUUAAAAUGAGCAGGGUCUAAUAUAAAGAAAAAGCAGUGACCUUUCAAUGUGGUAAGAACCGAUGAUGUCCAGCAUAUUUUCGCGAAAGUUUUGGGUUACUUAAUUGCAAAUGAAAUUGUUAAUACUAGUUCAGGCUAGAACAUAGUUUUAUUGACUUUGCGUAAUGAAUUUGUAUAUUAUUUUCUCUGUGCAUUUUUGUAUAUUUUGGAGAGCUGUUUUAAUGAUAAUUCUUUAAAAGCAGAGUAGUGGGAAUAAUAAAGCUUUAUGCAUGUGAUUUAAAUUUCCUUGCUGAUUUGUAGCCUGAGGUGGUAAGUCAGUUCUCUUCCAGCUGAGAGAAGCUUGAAUUCUGUCACCAGCUUGUCAAAAUGAGUACCUGAUUUUAAGCUUUCUUUGGAAGGUUAGUCAUUUCCACCGUGUACACCUGUACUGUUGUGUUUUGCUUCCUAAGAAGUAAAUUUCUCAUAAAAACUGCGUGUAGACCUUCAGUUCCGGUUACCGUCAGUCAUAUUUGCAGUGAAACUGGAGUAUUUUUUCUAAAAGUAGAAGGGCAACUUCGUAUGAGACUAUAUUAGUAACUUAGGUUUAAUUUCUAAUAGCAGAAGUGGAAAGAAAUGAAUGCUGCGCUUUUUAAGGGGUUACUAUUAAAAGAUCUGAUGCUCGAAAGAGAAACACGUUAUUUUCUUACUGAGCCAGUUAUGGGUUGUCUCUUACCGUGUUGGUGAGGUUAUUGGUUUGUAAGACCAAAGAUGGUUUUGGAAAGGUCAUACCCUACCUAAUUCUUUCACAAAACUAUUGAUGAUUUAAUUUUUACAAUUUGCAAAUGAUGAAGCAAGAUUAUUGGAAAGUAACUUGUACAAAGAGAAUGAGGUACAGUUAAGCUUUCUUUUCUUCAUUGUGUGUGGUACCUCCACAUUAAACCGUUUUAUUUCUGCCCAGUGUUUUGUUAAUUGAGAGAUGUUUUGGUUCACCUCUCUAACUUGUUUUUAGAGUAGACUUUGAGACUAGUGAUGACUAGUUUGAAUGGAAUAAAAAAAAUCUAUUUUUUCCAAGUCCUUUUUAAAAUUAUUGGUCUCCUUAAAAUGUCUCUCAGAAAUACUGUCUGCUCUCUUUCUGUCUGUCUGACUCUCUCUCUAAUCAUGUUUUGGGAAUAAGAAUUCAAAGUUACAACUUCUACUUUACUAAUUUACUUAACUUACCUUCCUAUCCUUAAUGAUUAGUGGGAUUGAUUUACCGAAACUCAGAAGGACUAUGUACUGGCUUUCAUGUUUAUAACUUUACAGUUUAUUCCGUGAUAAAUCUUGCUAAUAUGUUCCUUGUUAUUUUGCUGGUGUACCUGCUGAAACCUUAGAUUUAAAGAUAUGUGUGUGUGUGUGUGUGUGUGUGUGUGUGUAUUUUAUGUGGACCUAAACAUUUCUAAAUGGAGUUUUCUAUAGUUUACAAAGACCGUGCCCUCUUCUGGGCUUCCCCUCUGGCCUGGUCUUAAACAUUUUGCAUUUGUCCCAGUGCCUGUACAUUGUCUAGACAUUUGCUGUGACUCAAGAAACCUUGUUGAAUGAUUGGCUGGUGAACAGUUGAGCAGUUGAGUAGAUACAGCCAAAAAAAAGUAUUCCUGAAAUCAGUGUGCAAACCAUUAUGUAACAGAAGUCUGUUUCUUCCAUUUAAGAUAUUCAUUGCUUUUCCAUGAUUAUAUAUUACUUUUGAGUAGGACAACAGUACAGUUGCCAUCUGGGGACAUUUUUGUGAGUUAAUGGGGGUACUGUAAAUAGUUAUUUCAGGGUAUUGACUGAACUGUGACUAAGGUCACCCUACUUUGAAGGACUUUUCUUUAAUGUUGAUAGUGUGUAUGGUCUUUCCACACACUUACUAGUUAAGGUUUGCAAAUUUUGUUAUUUGUGGAAGCCUAAUUUGCAAUCAGUUGGUGGGUGUCUUUUGCUGAGUAACCCAGAGAGGCCCAUAGGUAGCUCAUGGCUGACCUUAAUUUUGUUUUUCUUGUUUGCAGGGUAAUGUCCUUGGGCCUUCUGUUUGAUUAGCUUCUUGGAGCUUAAACUUUGUAUUCUGUAGCGUCCACUGUAUUUACUUCCUCUGGGUUGCUGUGUGUCAUAUAGAAUGUGUCUAAGAGUUGCAUGGGAUCCCUGUGCUGCUGAGUGAAGAGGAAAUCCAUUGGUGGGUCCCAGCCCCAGCCAGCCUGAAGACUUAGUCAGUUGCAAGCAUUAGACACUUGCAGAUUUUCAGCUGUUCAGAAUGGGUGUUCAUCUUGGAAAGCUACAUGUUUUGGGUGGCUUUUACAUUAUAGUCUUUACCUGCUGUUUAUGGGAGCUGGAAGGGAGGUAAAACCCUUCUUAUAAUUUUGUAGUAGCUUUGUCUACAGGUAGGUUUUUAAAGCAUUUUUAAUGCAGUUUCUUGUUUCAUUCUUUAUUUUGUUCCCUUGUUUUCAUCACUUUUGCCCAUGCGCAGACAGGAGCAUUCAGUUCAGGUGCACACAAGCAGUAAGCCACAUGUCAGCAGCGGGUAAAAGUCGGAAAUGGAACAGAGCUCCUGCUCCAUGGGUCUGCCUUCUGUUGCCCUGGCCUCUGUUUGUAUUCUAUUUUUGACUUGGCACUGGCAUAACAGAGAUAAUCAGUUACUACACUUUGUUUACUGUGAAAUUGCCGACCAUUUCCUGGACCGCCCAUCAGCUCCAGUGCAAGAGUUGGAUAAUUACUUCAAGGCUCCACUGCCUUCAAAUCCAGUAUCUGGAGUAGAACAGAAAAAUUAUUAUGCUUGUGCCCCCUUGGGACCCUUUGGAGAUUGUAUGGUGACAUCUUCUGGGACAUAGUCUGAUGUCUCAAGAUGUGGGUAGUUUUGCCAAGAAGGUGUGGCCCAGUUGCUUGCCGAAAAACUUUACAAAUGGUAGUUACUCAUCUCCCGAUAAUGUGUGUUUCAUGGAGCUUCGAAUUUUGACCUUUAUAUAAUCUGCACCUACUUUUCUGGUAUUACAGGUACUUAAUGCUAGGAGUGUGCAGAUUGGUGCCUAAAAUGGAAGUAGAUAUAAAUGGCGAGUCCAGAAGUACGCUGACCACCCUGCCUUUGCCAGUGGCUGAGGUCAGCUCCCCGGGAAAAGCAGAGGCGGAGAAGCCCCGCUGCUCUAGCACGCCCUGCUCUCCCAUGCGUCGGACUGUGUCAGGCUACCAGAUCCUCCACAUGGACUCUAACUAUUUGGUCGGCUUCACGACCGGCGAGGAACUCCUGAAGUUAGCCCAGAAGUGCACGGGAGCUGAAGACAGCAAGGCAGAAGCCGUGCCUGCCUUGCGCUCUAAACAGCUGGAUGCAGGACUGGGGCGUUCCUCUCGCUUGUAUAAGACCAGAAGUAGGUACUACCAGCCAUACGAGAUUCCCGCUGUCAAUGGCCGGAGACGAAGGCGGAUGCCCAGCUCAGGAGACAAGUGCACUAAAUCCUUACCUUAUGAACCAUAUAAGGCCCUCCAUGGGCCCCUGCCUCUGUGUCUUCUUAAAGGUAAGAGGGCUCACUCCAAAUCCCUGGACUACCUCAAUCUAGAUAAAAUGAACAUCAAGGAGCCAGCUGACACGGAAGUGCUACAGUACCAGCUUCAGCACCUAACCCUCCGAGGGGACCGAGUAUUUGCUAGGAAUAACACAUGAGUGACUUGUCCUGCUAGAACACUUUGGGUCAGCCUACAUGUGGCUAGAGAAAAUCCACUGUUGUUCUCUGUACAUGACUCUUCACAUUCUAGAUGGUUAUAUCGGCUAAGUGUUCCUGGAACAUAAAAAUUGGAUCAAAUUUUGAAUACAGGAAUGAAAUCACAGGUACCUGGGAGGGGGGAUAUCAUCCUAGAGCACGUAACUGCAAUGGAAACAGAAUGCUGACUGCUAAGUUUGUAUAGCUCUUUAGCUAGGAAAAAAGCUCUGGUACGGGAAUUUCAUCUUUAAUGAUUCUGACACUCAAAUUGGGAAUGUUACCUGCUUGGUUGUUGCUGACUUGGUAUGAUUCAUUAGAAAUUUAUAUCCUAAGUACACAAGUACUUUUCGAAUCUCUGUAUUUUACUAUAAAAUGUAUGUAAUGAUUUGUUUUAUGAAAUUUAGAACUUGAACAUUGCUGAAUUGGACCACUUUUUAUUUUUAAAUAUUAAGUUUAAAUAUUUUGUAACUGGUUUUGCACUGAAAAAAGUUAACAUUUCAGAUUAAGAGAAUAAUUGUCUUCACUUGCCUCAAUAAUAUUGAGCAAUGAAUUUUUUUUAAUUCCAUAUGGAAGGUUAUUGAUCUCUAUGGCUGUAAAAUAUUUCUUUAUAGCAUUAUUAAAGUAUGUCUUAAUAAAAUUAAAUUUGGGAUACAAAGUAUUUAUUUUACAAUGGGCAGGGGGAAGCUUUUCCGUAAAGUUUCCAAUAUGAAGUUUUCAUAAGUUGAAAAAGUUUCCUUAGUCUUAUUUUCUAUUUUAAAAUCCAUCUGGAACUUUAAAAUGGAAAGGAUUCUUUUAAUUGUGGAUUAUAGGCAUAAUGAUGUUUGCAUCUGAAUUUGCUAUAAGUGAACAGAACUUUAAUAGAGGAUCUCAUGAUUUCUACUAUUGAAUGCUUGAACUAUGUAUGAAGUAAUACUUUUCAGCAUGGCUUUGGGUCAUUCCGGUUUCAGUUCUGUGCAACACAGCACUCAUUGAAUUUCCAGUGUAGGAUUAGGGUGGAAGCCUAAGGUGCUUCUACAGUUUUAAUGGGUUAAUCCUGGAUUACAUAGCAAUUUAUGUCAAUUGCACUGGUUUAAUUUGUUGCUAAAGAAAUAAUGCCCUGGCUUUAGUAACAAAUACAAUUCAACUAUUCUUGAAUAUAUUUUGAAAAAAAUGUAUGUAACUUACCUUUUGUAAACAUUUCUAUUUCUUUUUUUUUGUCCUUUUUUUGACUUCUGAAGGUGCAAUUUAUUAUUGAUUUGGCAUUUCUGGCAAUAUAGAAUUGCAUAUUUUAUGUUUCAUUUUGGGAUCUGAGAGUUUCUUAGGUGUUAGCAACCUUGCCUAUAAAAUAAGAACACCUUUUAAUUAAUUAAUGAGUGGGUCAUUCCUGGUACAGUUAUGAUUUUCCUUUAGCCAGAAUCAAUGGCAAACUAUUUAGAGCAGAAUAACUAUUAGAAAACCCUAGGAACUCUUAAUCAAUGUUUAUUAUACUUUCACUAAGGCAAACCAUGUGAAAGAGAUUUGGAAAGUUGGCCUGGGUCAUACUGGGUUGAUCAGAUUUCUUGGAGAGCUGGAGAUUUCCAGCUGUUGUAUAUUUUACAGUAAAUUGCACCUUUGUAACAUAGUGUAUUGACGAAUGAUCACUAAGAUUAACUAUAUCUAUACAAUUACUAGUUUGACAAGAAAUAGAAUCCUAUCAGAUGCCAAAGAGUUGGGAUUUUUACAUUUAAUGAUUAUACACCAUUAUUUAUUGAUAAUUUACUGAUGGAACUGUAUUAUUUCUAACUAUGAAAUAAAAGGGUGAUGUAAA